AGUUGCUAAGGAGCAUAUUGAUAAUAAAAUAAAAAUCAUCCUGUUUAGUAUCGCUUUAGUUUAGUUUUCGUUUAAGGAAAACAAAUUAUUCAUCAAACUUUGCGUAAACUCGCAGAAUUCGUAUAAAUUGCACUUUUUUUUACUGCCAUUGACAGUGCUGGCUUCGCUUACAGAGAACAAAAAAAAGGAAAAACUAAAAAAAAUCAAAGUUGAAACGCAGCAGCUUUUGAGAAAGUUACUGUCAGCGAGGACAAUUAUAUUUUUUUCAGUCACACAUCAAGUAAACAAAUCCUACGCAUUUGCUAUCAGUGCACGGCGAAGGGACGAAAGGGAAAUAUGUCCAGACUUCUGAUGGCCGCUCCAUCGCGUAUGUCGCGUGAGAUACGCAUUAGUAAAUUGAGCAAGUUUCUGAUUGUUAACCGAUACAUGUCUGGGAAGUCGGAGGCAGGCAAUUGUCCACCAGAGAAGCCGCCGCCGCCCAAGCCGGGCUGCUUUCCAAGCGGCGGCACUCAUGCCGUCUUCGAUGAUUUGCCCAAGCCGCAGGGUGACUUUAUGAAGGAUUGGAGAGCCAAGAACUCCAGAUACAAUAUGGCUCUGGUGAGCGGCAUUGCGGCGCUCAUUGGCAGCGUUUUUCUUUGCGUACAGUCGGAAGAUUUUAAGUUGUUUCAUGAUAUUCCGGAUUAUCCAUACACUGAGGAUGAGAUGGAGGAGUUCGCUAAGGAGGAGGAGCGCCGGGAGGAGGAGAAGGAGGAGCGCGAACAGCGUCGUCAGAAUAAAUUGGAUGCUAAGGAGCUACAAGUGCGACGUCGCAAGGCCAAGGAGGCCAUGACCCGUGAGGUGGAGCUGAUGCAAAAGGAUCUCGAUGAGGGCGAUCUCAAUGAAGACGAAAUGGCCGAACUCAUACAGCUGACGCAGGAUCGCGAGGAGUUCGAAGCCUAUGAAAAGGAGGAAAUGAAGCGGAUCCAAGAGCAGGAAAAGGAGCGUGAAAAGAUAAAAAAAGAAAAGGAAAAACUCAGGCAAGAGCUACAAAAGCAGCGUGACAAGGAGCGCAAGGAGCGCGAGAAAGCCAGUGCAUAAACGAACAACUAUCAACAACAGUAUUACGAAUUAUAUGUUAACACAUUAUAUAUAAAUACCCACUUGCUACCCGCGCACACACAACAAAAACAGCAGCUAAAAUCACAAAAACAUCAAAAAACUUGCACAGUGAACAGAGGAAAGAAAAACUACAAUAGGAGCGUAGAAAGCUAAAUUAAUAAAUAAUAUAUUUAGA